GAUGUUUGUGCUGUGCUUGUCCAAGGCUGUCAGUUGGUUCUCCUUGAUCAGGAACAUCUUGUCAGCAAAGUCUGUCAGCUUAUCCAUCACUUACUCAACAGAUACCAGGUGAUGGUUGAUGAGCAGAGCUUGAAUUUCCUUCUCUCCUACUGCAUCUCUGCUCUGAGGCAGUGCAGCUCCUGGACACAUGUUGAAAUUCUGCAAGCCUUAGCAGCACUUGUUUACAAUAAUGGGCCUAAGUGUCAGAAGUUCCUCCCAGACCUGCUGGGCAAGGCUGGGCUCCUGCUGCAGCUCAGUGACCCUGCCCAGCCUGACGUGGAGCUCAGGAGGGCAGCCGUGCGCAGCAUGGCCAACCUGUGUCUCAGUGUCCCUGGGCAGCCGUACCUGGAUGAAUCCUACAGAAGUGUCUGUUUUCAAACUUUCCUAAGUGUUCUGCAGUCUUCAAAAACCACUGAUGUGGAUGACAUCACUUUUUGCAUGUUACUGCAAAGUGCACUGAAAGGUGUCCAGUCACUUCUCAAUGGUGGGAAGAUGAAACUGAUGCAAAUUGACCAAAUUGGAGCUCUGCUGGCAGUGUUAAAGAAAUGCAUGUUCCACGGGCUGCCAGGACUGAGCAUUGAGGUGCCCACAGCCCUGUACCCUGCUCCCUUACCUCAGUAUGACAAAAGGUCACCUGCCAAGCAGGAGCAGUCAGAACCAGCCGCCUCUAAGCAGACAGGGAGCCGAAGAAAAAAGUGCAAGGGGAAACAAAAGAAGGGAGAGUUUGGAGAAGAAGGAAGAGAAGAUUCAGGGGAUGCAGGAGAAGAGUCGGUGCUGGGAGCAGCCAUGGUGAAAUUGCAGCUGGGGGAUGUGCAGAGCAGCCCUUGCCCUCAGCCUCGUGUGUCAGACGUGUGUGCUGGGAAGGAGCCCCCGAGCUGGCAGCCCUGCAAACGCCUCAGCAGCAGCGAGUCCGAGUUCUCUGACACUGAGGGAGGUCUUACCAAGCCAAUGUUCGCCAAGGGGCCCUGGCCUGUUUCCUCUCCACUAUCAAGUCAAUAGAAAAGAGAGUUCUGUAUGGCUACUGGUCAGCAUUUGUUCCUGAUGCCCCUGGUAUUGGCAGCCCCCAGUCUGUGUCCCUGAUGACUAUUGCUCUGAAGGACCCUUCUCCAAAGACACGUGCCUGUGCCCUUCAAGUCCUCUCAGCCUUCCUGGAAGGUUCUAAGCAGUUCCUGUCUGUGGCUGAAGAUGCCAAUGACCACAAGAGAGCUUUUACUCCCUUCUCUGUCACCAUUGCCUCCAGCAUCCGGGAGCUGCACCGCUGCCUGCUGCUGGCCCUGGUGGCUGAGUCCUCCUCCCAGACACUCACACAGAUAAUCAAGUGCCUUGCAAACUUGGUUUCCAAUGCGCCCUACAGCAGAUUGAAACCCGGGCUGCUUACCAGGGUGUGGAACCAGAUCAAGCCCUACAUCUCUCACAAAGACGUGAACGUUCGAGUUUCCAGCCUCACCCUGCUGGGGGCAAUCGUGUCAGUGCAGGCCGUGCUGGCCCUUCUUGUGAAAGGUUAUUUCCCUAUGGCUCAGAGCUAUUUCCUGGGACUUGGAGAAGUGGCUUGCAGAUGCAUGGAAGAAAUGGAUCCAUCCAUUCAGCUCCAUGGAGCCAAGCUUCUGGAGGAGCUGGGCACGGGUGUCCUGCAGCAGCACAAGCCUGACUCUGCCACUGCCCCUGAGCAGAGGGUGCCUGUCAGCGUGGUUGUGACCUUCUGGACAAUGAUGUUGAACGGGCCCUUGCCUGGCACCCUGCAGAACUCCCCCCAUGCCACUCUCCAGACAAGUGCCUGUGAUGCCCUGUCCUCUAUCUUACCAGAGGCCUUCAGCCUCCUGCAGGGUGACCAGCAGAUCCUGUGUGUCACUUUGCUGCUGGGCCUGAACCACAGUGAGAACCCCCUGGUGAAAGCUGCUGCUGCCCGUGCCCUGGGAGUGUACAUCCUCUUCCCGUGCCUCAGGCAGGAUGUGAUGUUUGUGGCAGACACAGCAAAUGCCAUCCUGAACUCCCUCCAUGACAAAUCUCCCAACGUCCGUGCCAAGGCAGCCUGGUCCCUGGGCAACCUGACAGACACCCUGAUCAUCAACAUGGAAACCAUGGGCCAAAGCUUCCAGGAGGAGCUCUCUGAUGUCCUGCUGCUGAAAUUGCUACGCUCUGCCACAGAGGCAUCCAAGGACAGAGACAAGGUGAAGAGCAACGCUGUGCGUGCCCUGGGGAACGUGCUGCAUUUCCUGCAGCCCUGCCACGUGGCCAACCCCAGGUUCAGGGAGGCCAUCGAGGAGUCCCUGCAGGCCCUGAUUGCCACGGUGGGCAGCGAGGCCACCAUGAAGGUGCGCUGGAACGCCUGCUACGCGCUGGGCAACGUCUUCAGGAACCCUGCCCUGCCUCUGGGAGAGGCUCCUUGGGCCACGCAAGCUUUCAGUGUCCUUUCCUCCGUAGUCAAGUCCUGCAAGAACUUCAAAGUGCGGAUCAAGUCGGCCAUGGCCCUGUCCAUCCCCAGCAGGAGGGAGUGCUACGGCUCCCCCGAGCAGUUCUGCCACAUCUGGAGCGCCCUGGUGGAGGCCCUGCAGAGGAGCGAGGACACCGAGGACUUCCUGGAGUUCAAGUACAGCUCCAGCCUGCGGAGCCAGCUGUGCCAGGCCCUGCUGCACCUGCUGCAGCUGGCCAGGAGCUCCGACCUGCCCCUGCUGGGCAGCAGCCUGCGGGAGCACGGCCACGCCAUCCGGCCCUACGUGCUGCAGUACCUGAGCUCCCCGGGCCACGAGGGCGACUCGGGGGCACACACUGACCUGGGGCACAGGGAGAGAGCGCUGCAGGGAGCCAUCGAGCACCUCAGUGCUGUGGAGAGAGAGCUGCAGGGCAAGGCCAGGCUCAGGGUGUCCCUGUUCCUGGAGGAUGUCCUGACACACCACACCAGUGCCACGGAGCUGGCAGAAGCUUGAGGGAGAUGGAACCCACCCCAGUGACCAAAUGUUCCACAGGGAGCACAGAGCUGUGUUCCCUUGCACAGGACAUCCAGAGGAAAAGUUUCCUGCUGCUGAUAUUAAGUAUUUUGUUCCAGACUUUAUUAAUAAUGCCUCUAGGACUUCUUUUUUAUAUUAUUACUAUUUUUUAUUGUUGUGUUUGGGGAACUCUGCCCUCCCUGGGGCUGGUUUGUGCACUUUGCUGUCACAGCAUCUCUGCUUGGAAAACAAACGCCUUUUCCUCCUCUGUGUGUUUUAUAAAGCUGCCUGUUCCCUCAGCUUAUCUCAAAGCAUUUUCUUCCUAUUGCUGCAGGAUCCAGAAUCGUGUUUGUAAAGCAAGGGCCUGGAAGAAUUUUGUUUUUCAGAGCACUGCAAAUGUUGUCACUCUUGUGUUCCUGCAAUAAACCCAAAUAUGCCAAUAUUUGAAGAAUA